AUGUAUGGAAAAUCAAGUUCCAGUAGUAAUACCAAUACCAUAUUGCUUGGACACUUGACCUCCGAGCACAUAAAUCCAAUUGGAAAUGUCUUCGUUGAAGCAGGAAACAAUCUAGUGAAACAUGAAUUUGGUGCGUAUGGCGAGAAAAUCUUUGGGUCAAGUUCAUCAUUUCUUCAAAGCAAUUUUGUCAGCAGACACCUCUCAAAUCCCCAAUACUAUUUUGAAGUGAACGAUGACUACGUGAAGAAUAAAAUCAAGAUGAUUCUCUUUCCUUUUCUGCACAAGGGACAUUGGAUAAGAGCAACUGAGAUGGUUGGAGGAGGUGAAAUUUUGUACAAACCUCCAUAUUGUGAUAUUAAUGCGCCUGAUCUAUACAUCCCCAUGAUGGCAUUUGGCACUUGCAUGGUUCUUGCUGGCUUCUUUUUGGGCAUCAAUGGGAAGUUUAGCCCUGAAGCUUUGGGAGUGCAUUUUACAACUGCAUUACUCUGUUGGAUAUUGCAAGUUCUACUGCUCGGUGCCGCAUUGCAUUCUCUAGGAGGUGGGGGAGAUAUUCCAUUGCUCGACUUGGUUGCUUAUGGUGGAUACAUUUUUACAGCAGCAUCUGUAGUUAUCAUUUCUAGGAUCAUUUGGGAUCAUCUUUUUUGUGCAAUUACCUUGUGGGAGAGCUUCUGCAUGGGAGUGUUCUUGGUAAAGACCAUGAAGAGAAUUCUGAUUUCAGAGGUGAAAAGAGUGGAUCACAAGCACUCCUCCAAGAGAGAUUAUCUGUUGCUGUCCAUUGCAAUUUCUCAAAUUCCCUUACUAUUUUGGAUAGCAAGUAUUUGUCUUAAAAGUUAA